AUGGCGGCGACGGUCCCCGGCGCACAAACGGUGGGCGUACCAGCGGAGAAGAAGCAGAAGUUCUCCAAGGUGUUGGGACUACAGCCCGAGCAGAACGAGAAAGAGCUGUACGCCAUUUUCAGAGCGGAUGCAUUGUCGAGGUUCUACGUGCCGGCGGUCAUGAUGGGCCACAACUCACCACCACCGCCAUCGUCAAGGACCGUACAUAUCCUGGGGCAGGACGAGCGGUCAAAGUUUUUGUCACACGCACUGCACGGCAUCUACGACUCGGUGAAAGUUGUCAACUUGCCAAGGAAUACACCGUAUCGUAACGUUUCCGGAAACACAGGAGUGAGGAGGAGCGCCGGUGGUUGGAUCGAGCCAAACGCUGCGAUAGAUCAAGGCAAGGAACCAGAACACGAGGACGGGCACAUCAGUAAUUUGGUGGUUGGCGGUAGACCGAGUCAGACCGUAAAACUGCUCGAGCAGGUGAAGCACCGGAUUGACGACCGAACGGCUGUCUGCUAUGUUCAGGACGGGCUUGGAGUUGCUGAGGCCGUCAACAACCGGGUCUUCCGAGACGCAGAAAAGCGUCCGUCAAUCGUUCUUGGACACAUGAGUCAUCCCCUGGCGUACGACCGCAAGACGAAGUCGGUCAAAGUGAUGGCACCCAAGUACGAAACCGUCCUGACGGGCGUACGGCCAUACACCGGCAAGAAGAAGGACAAGCACCUCUCAACAGAUACUUGGCUUCGGACGCAGGGCAUGCUGGAGAAGUUUGCGGCCUCGGACGUGCUCAAGGCGAAGGGCAUGGCGCUCGACAGUUGGAUGAAGCUCAAGAUCCCGUCGCUUAUGUUCUCGUCCGUUAUCGACCCGAUCUGCGUCAUGCUGGACUACCGCUAUGAGCAGCUCAUCUACAAUCCGACAGCGAAUAAGCUCAUCGCGCAGCUGCUCAGCGAGAUCGCUGACGUCGUGGCGCGCAUGCCCGAGGUCAAGAACUCUCCGGAGCUGCAGGCCGUUUUGCGGGGCGAGGGCAUGCGCAAGGAGAUCAUGGGGAAGCUCAGGGGCAAGGGAUCUGCGCCGAGCAAGAUGGUGCUGCAGAUCCAGCGCGGCAUGUUGACAGACAUUGACUACCUCAACGGGUUCUUUAUUGAAAGGGGGCGCAGGUUGGGAGUGAAAAUGCCUGCCAACGAGAUGGUUGUCGGCAUGGUGAAGGCGAAGCAUAAGGCGCAACUAGAAAAGAACCGGUCAUACAUCCCUUUCGAGGUGACCUCAAGGAGAUGA